AUGCAAAAUGAUAUAGUAACACAGCUGCCAUUACUGAAUCGACCGGAAUCACAAAUCUCACUGGCUCUAUCAACAAAACCAGCAGAGACAGCGCCCAUCCAUCUACCUGUCAUAGAUCCCACAUCAAAUCCUGAAAUUCUUGUGUUCAAUCUCAAUGACAUCAAACAACUACGCAACAAGUAUCAUAUAUUGGGUAUUCUAAUUGGUACUUUGCAACAGUACCCUCAACAGAAUAUAUUCUUAUCAGUACCGUUAAAGUUAAACAUUUAUGAAGUUUUAUGGUUGGUUCAAUAUCAAUACGCGGUUUUAAUUGACCAAUUGGCUUAUAGGAAUGCUAAAUUGAAAAAACAGGAGGAGCAAUUUCAGGGUAAGGUAAAGAAUGAUAGUUUGACAGAGAAAAACAUUAUGGUUGUGGAAAAUUGUGACCCUAAUUACGAUGCUAAGCUUGCUGAAUCUUUUGAGAUAUCAAUUGAAUUAUAUUUGUCCAGGUAUUUCAGGAAUAGUAGUGGUAAAAGUCUAGCUCGGUUCAUUAAUCAUUACAAGUAUUACAAGUAUUUACAAAAUUGUGGAUUCUACAUUAAUCCAGGAUUGAAAUUUGGUGGAGAUUUGGUAAUUUACCCUGGUGAUCCAUUACGAUACCACUCUUAUUCGAUGGUGAAAUUUGAUGUGGUUGAUAUGUAUGAUAUCAUUGUUGGUGGAAGAUUGGCUACCAGUGUAAAGAAGAAUUUAAUCUUGAUGGAGUUGAAAGGAGAGGAGACAAUUGACGAUAGUCAGGUUUCUGUUGAUGAUAAGUUCUUGAAACAAUUGUUCGAUGAUGAUGAUGAGCUCGUUUGUUUUUCCAUUGAGUGGGCGGGAUUUGGAUAA